CAAAAGGGGACCACGCAGCUAGCAACAGCCCUAUGGGGAACUGCUCUGAGGUUCAACCUCCCACAGAGCCUGGCCUGCCCUCCUGCUGAGGUCCGGGACCCUCCUCUGAAGCCAUGGGCCCUGCCCAUCCUGCACUGCUGCCCUUGAUGAGGCUGGGCCUCUGCUGGCUCCUUCUGACCCCAGCAGCAUCGUCCCUGCGAGGCUCCCACACCCAGGCAGAGGACCGCCUCUUCAAACACCUCUUUGGGGGCUAUAAUCGCUGGGCCCGGCCAGUGCCUAACACCUCGGACGUGGUGAUCGUGCGCUUCGGGCUGUCCAUUGCGCAGCUCAUCGACGUGGAUGAGAAGAACCAAAUGAUGACCACCAACGUCUGGCUGAAGCAGGAGUGGAGUGACUACAAGCUGCGCUGGAAUCCAGCUGAUUUUGGCAACAUCACAUCCCUUCGGGUCCCUUCGGAGAUGAUCUGGAUCCCUGACAUUGUCCUCUACAACAAUGCAGAUGGGGAGUUUGCCGUGACCCACAUGACCAAGGCUCACCUCUUCUUCACGGGCACCGUGCACUGGGUGCCCCCAGCCAUCUACAAGAGCUCUUGCAGCAUCGACGUCACCUUCUUCCCCUUCGACCAGCAGAACUGCAAGAUGAAGUUUGGCUCCUGGACCUACGACAAGGCCAAGAUCGACCUGGAGCAGAUGGAGCAGACCGUGGACCUGAAGGAUUACUGGGAGAGCGGAGAGUGGGCCAUCCUCAACGCCACGGGCACCUACAACACCAAGAAGUAUGACUGCUGCGCGGAGAUCUACCCUGAUGUCACCUACGCCUUCGUCAUUCGCCGGCUGCCGCUCUUCUACACCAUCAACCUCAUCAUCCCCUGCCUGCUCAUCUCCUGUCUCACGGUGCUGGUCUUCUACCUGCCCUCGGACUGCGGCGAGAAGAUCACACUGUGCAUCUCGGUGCUGCUCUCGCUCACCGUCUUCCUGCUGCUCAUCACUGAGAUCAUCCCGUCCACCUCGCUGGUCAUCCCGCUCAUCGGUGAGUACCUGCUCUUCACCAUGAUCUUCGUCACCCUCUCCAUCGUCAUCACCGUCUUCGUCCUCAACGUGCACCACCGCUCCCCCAGCACCCACACCAUGCCUCCCUGGGUGCGGGUGGCCCUUCUGGGCUGCGUGCCUCGGUGGCUUCUGAUGAAGCGGCCCCCACCCACGUUGGAGCUCCAUGAUUCCCCGGGGCUGAAGCUCGACCCUUCUUACCACUGGCUGGAGACCCGUGUGGAUGCAGAGGAGAGGAAGGAGGCGGUGGAGGAAGACAGAUGGAUGUGUGCAGGUCAGCCAGCUCCCCUCAGGAGUGCCCACUGCAGCCGUGGCCAUCUGCACCAAGUGGCCUCAGCUCCCAAGUCUGAGGCUCCAGGACAGGACAGUGAGAUCCUGCUGUCACCUCGCAUGCAGAAGGCACUGGAAGGUGUGCACUAUAUCGCUGACCACCUGCGGUCUGAGGAUGCUGACUCUUCGGUGAAGGAAGAUUGGAAGUAUGUGGCCAUGGUCAUCGACAGGAUAUUCCUCUGGCUGUUUGUCAUUGUCUGCUUCCUGGGGACCAUUGGACUCUUUCUUCCUCCAUUCCUGGCUGGAAUGAUCUGACUUCUCAUCCGCGUGUUGGCUCUAAGGUGGCCCUGCUGCCUGUCUCUUGACCAUCUUUAACUAAAGCAUCCUCUGGGGUCAACACUGCCUGCAGGUGCCUCUUCGCAGAGUCCCUAAACUGGCCCAUUCAUUGCAGACUUCCUGGAAUGAUUCACCUUGACGUGACUCUACUGAGUGCUGAGAAUCUGCUGGGCACAAAGCCCUGUUUUGGAUAUGGAAGAGCUAGAAAAGAUGAAGGGAUUUUUCUCUGCAGAAAGUUAGGAUAUGGGGGUGACCAAGUGAGGCAGGAUGAGAUCCUCCGAGAGGAGCAAUAGAGACACUAAGUGACAGACGGUCAAGCAGGAGGACAAACAGGUGGGGCCAGGUUGAAGAGGAACAGAAUGCAGUCUUCAGAGAAGUGGUGUUGGGGAAGGGAGAGGGCUCCUGGGGGUGGAAGAGCUCUGGGCCCAAUGUGUCAGGGAGAACAGCAGGGUGAGGUAGCACUUGGCAUGGAUGGCAGCAGGAGGAGGCUGCAAGGCAGGUGAGUUCUCUUUUUUUUUUUUUGC